CGGGUCCAUUUUCUUUCCAGUUUGUGGUUGCAUUGCCGGCGUGUUUCACGUCGGCUUGAUAUCUAACAUGACGUGCUGUAAUUUAUUGCCUUAAUUGUGUGUGACUACUGUAUGCACGAGCGGAGGAACCAUGUCAGCAUGAGCGGGCCUUACCCAGGCCCUGGCAGAGAAACUCAUCAGUCCAGCUGCCCUUUGACCUCCAGCCGAGACCUCUCCGCCCACUCCUGCCCCUCCAGACACCAUGACCGCAGGGUCGGGCUAACCAUGUCUGCCGCCGCCUCCUCCCUCAAGCAUGCCUCCGUCUAUGGGUUUACACAAAGGGACCACUCCUCCUCCUCCUCCUCUUCUUCUUCCUCCUACAGUCCUCUCAGGAGGCUACAACAUCUCACCACCAUGGUGAGCCAGCCUGACCUGGUUCUGCCGGUGAGGGAGCCAGAGAGGAGCUGGGAGUGGGGGGUGAAUAAAAAGGAGAGGGGGAAGGGGAUGGAGAGGGAGAGGGACUCCUGGGCUGAUUGCAAUAACAGUGAUUAUUCUGGCACCGCGAACACAAGCAGGGAGGAGAGCUUUGGUGGCUCUUCUGCUGGACAAAAACAACCUGUGGUCCAAACUAGAAGUCGAGACGUGCCAGCAGCCAAUCGCAGCGAUCCUAUGGUCUCCGAGAAAAAGACAGAAGGUUGUUUCUCAGGCCCGCCCAGCCCGGCCUUCUCUCUCGAUAGCAACAGCCCCUUCGCUAACGGCUUCCUCCACUUUGAAUCCUCUUUGUUUGAGGAUGACGACAACGAUGCAGAGCGCGACACAGUGUCACCUCUGGGAGUAGGCUUGCAGGGCAAACCGGAGAGGGCGGGGAAUGAUCUUCAGUCCACUCCUGGACACUUGAAUUCGGACUGCAAAGAUGCUACCCUGUCGUCCGCUAAGGUGGUCACCCGGUCCCAGUCUUCGGGUCAGCGCAGGAGAUACUGGGACGGCUCGGAUGACGAGUGGGAGAGCGACACCGAGCUGUUCCUGUUUGGAGAUAGUCCCCCAAGGCAUUCAAUGCAGAGCAGCCUCAAGAAGAAGUCUUUGCCGCCUGUAAAGUUUUUAGAGGGUGAAGUUAUUUGGGCAAAGUUCAACCGAAGACCAUGGUGGCCCUGUGAGGUGACCGUUGACCCUGCACAGGGAAUCUAUCACAGAGUAAAAGAACCCAGUGACCGGCCCUGUCGGCUCUACCAUGUCAGGACCUUUGGGGAGCCUGUUGAGCUAACCUGGGUGGAGGAAAAAGCAACUCACAGUUUCCACGGAGGCUUUGAAUUUGAACAGCUCACCCUACUGCGCCGGAGGGGGAAGCAAAGGGAGCAGAACUACAAAUACACUAUUGCGAAGCGUUUUCAGGACUCUUGGAAAUUGAGUGUGGCGGAAGCUGAAUUUGUUCUCCAAGAGCGAUCCAAAAUGGCUUCCUCCAUUACUUCGUUGAUAGAUGAUGCCUUCCACGACACUCCCACACCGGAAAGAGAGAACAAGGCACGUCCCAUCUUUCCUCUCUCUACUUCACCCAACCUUCCUGAGACUUUGCACAUGACCAAUGGAUCCAUUUUAUCCCCAGUUACAACUCCAGUAAAGCCAAGCACUUUAAUGAAAUAUUCUGGCAAAAAGAAACCAAGUAAAUCAAAGGACAUAAGUACUAAACACUCUAAAAAGACGUUGCGUAAUAGCCCUGACCAAUCAGAUAGAGACAAUGGAGAGUGCCCAUAUUCUGACCUCGACUCAAUCCCUAAGAUUUUGUGUCCGAAUGCACUUGAGCGUCAGUCUAAGCUAGUUCCAACACAGCCAUCUGUUACAGUUGUCAAAGAGGUAAAGAAGCAGCCAGAGAUUCAGAGUGGUCUUUGGUUCAGUAAAUCGGGCAAAGACAGACGACCUAAAACAACUAGCCCAAUGCCAGACCGCACUCUCUUUAGUAAGGUCCCCUGUAAGAAAAAAAACUCAUCUGUUGUAAGUAAAAAGUCACCGGUUCCUAGUGCCUCCUCUUCCAGUGGUGCAUCCAGUGACCAGUCAGGAUUGUCAGACAAGCAUAAGACUCUGGUACCUGCUGAAACAAAUAUUUCACCUGAACAGUCAGUACAUUUAAAGUGUAAAAACACUGCAGUUGCUAAUAGGCCUUUUGGUACAACUGGCAGUCCCCUGAGCAGUCAGAAUUGUCGGACAAGCAUAAGACUCUGCUACCUGCUGAAACAAAUAUUCCACUUAAAAAAUCAAGACAUUUGGCGUAAAAACACCCCGGGUGCUAAAAGGCAUUUUGGUACAACUGGCAGUCCCACUGACCAGUCAGGAUUGUCAGAGAAGCAUACGACUAUGGGACCUGCUGAAACAAAUCUUUCACCUGAACAGUCAGGACAUUUGAAGUGUAAAAACACCCCGGUUGCUAAAAGACCUUUUGGUACAACUGGCAGUCCCACUGACCAGUCAGAAUUGUCGGACAAGGAUAAGACUCUGGCACCUGCUGAAACAAAUAUUCCAUCUGAACAAUCAAGAUAUUUUAAGCGUAAAAACACCCCGGUUGCUAAAAGACCUUUUGGUACAACUGGCAGUUGCACUGACCAGUCAGGAUUGUCAGAGAAGCAAAAGACUCUGGUACCUGCUGAAACAAAUAGUCCACCUGAACAGUCAGGACAUUUGAAGCAUAAAAACACCCUGGUUGCUAAAAGGCCUUUUGGUACAACUGACAGUCGCACUGACCAGUCAGGAUUGUCGGACAAUGAUAAGACUCUGGUACCCUCUGAAACAAAUAUUCCACCUGAACAAUCAAGAUAUUUUAAGCGUAAAAACACCCCAGUUGCUAAAAGACCUUUUGGUACAACUGACAGUCCCACUGACCAGUCAGGAUUGUCAGAUAAGCAUAAGACUCGGGUACCUGCUGAAACAAAUAGUCCACCUGAACAGUCAGGACAUUUGAAGUGUAAAAACACCCCGGUUGCUAAUAGGCCUUUUGGUACAACUAGCAGUCCCACUGACCAGUUAGAAUUGUCGGACAAGCAUAAGACUCUGGUACCUGCUGUAACAAAUAUUCCACUUAAACAAUCAAGACAUUUGAAGUGUAAAAACACCCCGGUUGCUAAAAGACCUUUUGGUACAACUGACAGUCACACUGACCAGUCAGGAUUGCCAGAGAAGCAAAAUACUCUGGUACCUGCUGAAACAAAUAUUCCACCUGAACAGUCAGGACAUUUGAAGCGUAAAAACACCCCGGUUGCUAAAAGGCCUUUUGGUACAACUGGCAGUCCCACUGACCAGUCAGGAUUGCCAGACAAACGGCAGUCGCUGGUGUCUGUUGAGACUGGUUUGCUCUUUGACAAGUGUAAAUUUUCAAAGAGCAGAAAGACAGUCAGUAAUACAGUUGACACUGUGUCUGAAUCAUUGUCUGACCAAUUAAGUAGCUCAGAUGAUAAAAAGGCCUUGGAGCCCAGUCCAAUCAGUUUCAAUGACUUAUCCAGGUUGAGUGUAAAGAGAGUCAGUCGAACUCAACAUUCAGACACGAUGGAAGAUAAAAAAGUCCAUGUAAUUGACAGGAUUUCUGACCAAGCAGAAGAAAAAGAAAGAAACAAGACUCCUGCGUCCACUUUGAAUGUUGACACUACUGACCCAUUAGCAAGGCUAGAAAAGCAAACAAUUAUUGUCUCUAAGUGUAGGCUGCCCUUUGUCAAAUUAAUACGCAAGGACAUCAAAGGUAAGAAGUUCCUAAAUUCCAGUGUAACCAUUUGUCCCAAUGACCAACCUAGAUGUGCAAAGAAUGAAAAAACACCAGAUACUAAUGUGAGUAAAAAGUCCUCUAAACAAUCAGAUUGGGUGGGUGACAAGGCAAGUGUCUCCAUAGAUCAGGCAGUAAGUUCAGAAUCCAUAAAGGUCUCAGUUAAGAAGUUGAAAGCAAGUGGUGGGACUGGUAUUCUUCGUCUCUCGUCAGAAUCAUCACACGGUAAAACUAUCAUUGCCUCAGAUGUGGCAAGUGUGUCUGAUGAGUUAGGUAGCCCAGAAACGGAAAGGGUACCAGGUUUAAAUGUAAGCCCAACUAAUGUGACUUACUCAUCCUCUAACCAAUCAGAACAGUCUAAAGUUAAGAAGCCCCCUGCAUCCAAUGUAACAAGCAUGUCAUCUGACCAGUUGGGCAGCUCGGAGAAAAAAAAAUCAUCUGCCACUAGUACAGCUUUUAAUACAACUCCUCUACCUUCUCACCGGCAUGGGGAUUUAGUAUGUAAGGAAGCUCAUGUGCCCGAAGGCCUGUCUUCUGCGAAAUUCAAGAAAGUUGUCCACAAAUCAAAGCAAGACCCAGAUGAAGUAAAAAAAGUCCAUGAACCACCUGCCCACCUCCCAGCCAGCAGUCGGCUGAUGACCAGAGCCCUGAAGGCCAUGCAGGAGGCGGAGCAGAAAAAGCGUGAAAAAGCCAGAAAGGAGUCUGAGCAGAAAGAACUCUUGAAUCCAUACAGAAAAGCUGAGGACCUUGUAUGCAACUCUGCACACAAGUCCAAAGUGGACCUUUGCACUAAAAUAGAAUCUGUGAAAUCAUAUUAUAAUAACGAUAAGUGUGAUCAGGACACUAUUUCUAGCUGUAGCAGCACCCCUUUGACGUUUACUGAUUCAGUUGACUUUGAAGUUGAUGUCAAGAGCGAAGAUGAAGACCUCUCAAUCUCCUCAACUCCACCAAUGGACUUCAUACCCCUUACUUCUAAGGUAAAGGCAAAGAAGGAAGAUCAUUCCUCUGACGUACACUCCUCGUCCUCACCUUCAUCACCAUUUUCUUUUAUGAAUGCCUUUAAAAACGUGGAUGAGGUAUCCUUCCAGUCCCUGACAAAUGAGGGAGAUGGUAAACCCAUCUCUUUCAAACCAGACACAAACUACAAGUUCAGCACUUUUCUCAUGAUGUUGAAGGACUUGCAUGACACUAGAGAGCGAGAGGGGACCCCCUUAGAACUGGAAAUUGGGCCACCAAGUGCACAUGUUAAGGAGGAACCUGUGGUGAUGCCUGGGGAGGCUACACCUGCAGUCCAAGAUCCACAAAUUGAACAUGUAAAUACAAAUUCAAAUUCCAUUCCAGACAAAAUUGAAAUCAAACACAAUGAGGAGAGCACAAGUCAGACAUCCAAGAGGCUCUAUAACAGAAGGGGCAGCUCCACUGGGGUAAAAAAGAGAGCCAACCGCCAAGUGCCUUGUCGUCCUGCCAGGUCUGGACCUGGUAUUCCAGGACUGGAGUCCUUGCCAGCAAUGGACUUAACAUCAGGAGUGGAUUGCUCAUCAAGAGUCCAGUCCCUGUUAGGCAUACAGACCAGCAGCUGGAAGAGGCAGGCUGGAGGUGGUGAAGGAGUAGCUGGGGAGGAGAAACAGGGGGAAAGGUGGAGCAGAGUAAAUGAGAAUCUACAGAACAUGGUGCCUUUGGAGCAGAGGGGAUGCAACACUACGCUGUGUCUGGAACAGCCGAAUGGCCUUGUUGCAGACUGCACUGAGACUAACACAAGCUUGAUGCACAACGCUGGAGAAGGUGACAAAGCUCCAAAAGCACAUAAGCGAAUAAGAAAACCAAGCAAGAGGCUGAUUGAAUGGACUGAAGAGUAUGAUCAGAUUUUCUCCACCAGGAAGAAAACCAAAAAGCCUCUCCAGUCGAUCGGAAAGGCCACUCAGCCCAUUUCGUCCAUGUCCGAACCCCCGGGAUCGGACAACCGCACACACGACCACCAAUCCUUGAGCUUGCUUCCUGAAAUACAGACGCCACCUCCUGAGGAAAAUGCUGCAACAACGCCCUCUGAACUGCAAAUUCCCAGCACUGAAAACACAACCCCCCAAGAUGCACCGGUGCUUUCCAUCGACACACUAACCCCUCCUCCUGAAGCUGACCCCUCGCCGUCAGAAGGCCUCGUCAAAGGCAACGGAAACGUUCCCAUGCUGGAGAAGAAGCGAAAGAGGAAACCCACUCAGAAGAUCCUGGAGUACUGUCUGGAGGCUGAGGCCUCAACAGCGCCCAAGAAGAAGGUCAAAACACUGAAGAACAAUCCAAAUCCUGCUCCUCAAUCAGAUUCUGGACCGUCAUCUUUAAAGUCAAAGAGUAAGCAGCUCGCAGCUUCCAGCUCCACGCCGGCACCCACAGAUGCUUCCACGUGUACCCCCACAGAUCCGCCUCCCAGCUCUCCUGCACCCUCCACUCAGACACCGGCACCGGCCCCGCCCGAACCGGCCCAGGUGGAGACGGUGUCCGCAGCCGUCGAUGCUCCUCAAACAGAAGACAAAAAGGACACCGCAGAGUCAGAGGGUGAACCAUCCAGCUUGGAUCACAGCUUCUCCUCCAUGAAGGACGACUUAUCACUGUGUGACAAUCCACUUUUACCUUCGAGGAAGAUCAUAGGGGACCGAGGAGGUCCUGCCUCCAUGAAGGAGAACAUAUGUCAGGUGUGUGAAAAGACGGGGGAGCUGCUGCUCUGUGAGGGUCAGUGCUGUGGAGCCUUCCACCUGCCCUGCAUCUCUCUGGCCGAGGCCCCUAAAGGGAAGUUUGUCUGCCCGGAGUGCAAAUCAGGCAUCCACACCUGCUUUGUAUGUAAAAAGCGCAGUGAGGACGUGCGGCGCUGUAUGAUUCCUGUGUGUGGGAAGUUUUAUCACGGCGAGUGUAUCGCCAACUUCGCCCCGACCGCGCCUGUGAACCGAGGCUUCCGCUGCUCCAUCCACGUCUGUCUCACCUGCUUCAUCGCCAACCCCAACAGCUCGUCCAUCUCCAAAGGUCGUCUGGUUCGGUGUGUGCGCUGCCCGGUAGCCUAUCACGCUACGGACCUCUGCAUGGCAGCGGGCAGCGUCGUCCUCUCCAACAACAGCAUCAUCUGUCCCAACCACUUCACCCCCCGCCGCGGCGUCAAGAACCACGAGCACGUCAACGUCAGCUGGUGCUUCGUCUGCACUGAAGGAGGCAGUCUGCUGUGCUGCGAGUCGUGUCCUGCUGCGUUCCACCGGGAGUGUCUGAACAUGGAAAUGCCUAAAGGCAGCUGGUACUGCAACGACUGCAAGGCUGGGAAGAAACCUCACUACAAGGACAUCCUCUGGGUGAAGGUUGGGCGGUAUAGGUGGUGGCCAGCGGAGGUCAGCCAUCCCAAAACGAUCCCCGAGAACAUCCAGCGGAUGAGGCACGACGUCGGGGAGUUUCCUGUUCACUUCUUCGGCUCCAACGACUACUUGUGGACCUACCAGGCCAGGGUCUUCCCUUAUAUGGACGUGGACGCCAACAGCAAGGAGAAGAUGGGGAAAGGUGUUGACGCCACCUACAAGAAAGCUUUGGAGGAGGCGGCUGUUCGAUUUCGUGAGCUGCAGGCGGAGAAGGAGCUUCGCCAGCUUCAGGAGGACAGGAAGAACGACAGGAAGCCUCCUCCGUACAAACAUAUAAAGGUGAAUCGACCAAUAGGAAAGGUUCAGAUUUUCACGGCCGACCUAUCAGAGAUCCCGCGCUGUAACUGUAAGGAGACAGAUGAGAGCCCGUGUGGGAUGGACUCGGAGUGCAUCAACCGCAUGCUGCUGUACGAGUGUCACCCGCAGGUUUGCCCGGCAGGUGAGCGCUGCCUCAACCAGGCGUUCACCAAGCGUCAGUACAGCCAGGUGGAGAUCUUCAGGACGCUGUCCCGAGGCUGGGGGCUCCGCUGUGUCCACGACAUCAAGAAGGGUCAGUUUGUGAGCGAGUACGUCGGGGAGGUGAUUGACGAGGAGGAGUGCAGGUCCAGGAUCAGACACGCCCAGGAGAACGACAUCUGCAACUUCUACAUGCUCACUCUGGACAAGGAUCGAAUCAUCGAUGCCGGGCCGAAGGGGAACGAGGCUCGCUUCAUGAACCACUGCUGUCAGCCCAACUGUGAGACGCAGAAGUGGACGGUGAGCGGAGACACCCGCGUGGGACUGUUUGCUCUCGUUGACGUCGCUGCAGGCACAGAGCUCACCUUCAACUACAACCUGGAGUGUUUGGGGAACGGGAAGACGGUCUGUAAAUGUGGAGCGCCAAACUGCAGCGGCUUCCUGGGCGUCAGGCCAAAGAACAACCCUCCGUCUGAAGACAAAGGCCGUAAGAUGAAGAGGAGGGGCCACGGCAGGAGGAAGAAGAAGGUGGUGGUGACCAAAGAACGAGAGGACGAGUGUUUCAGCUGCGGAGACGGAGGACAAAUGGUUUCCUGUAAGAGACCCGGCUGUCCCAAAGUUUACCACGCCGACUGCCUCAACCUCACCAGGAGGCCUGCCGGUCGUUGGGAGUGUCCGUGGCACCAGUGCGACAUCUGUAAUAAGGAGGCGGCGUCCUUCUGCGAGAUGUGCCCCAGCUCCUACUGCAACCAGCACCGCGACGGCCUGCUCUUCAUCUCCAAGCUGGACGGCAAGCUGUGCUGCAGCGAACACGACCCCUGCGGGCCCGAACCGCUGGAGCCGGGGGAGAUCCGCGAGUACACGGCCGAGCCCAGAGCCCUGACCUCGGGGCUGGGCAUGGCCGUCAUCCCCCCUGCUGCUGCUGCUGCUGAUGCUAACGGCACCGCCGCCGGUCACAACCCGAGCGCCGCCGGGAAGCUCCCGGAGGUCAGCGCUGGCGCUGGGGCGCCUGCCUCCGAGCCGCUUCCUGCUUUUUCCAUCCCGGUAGCCAUCAGGAUUCCCGUGGCAGCGCCUGCCUCCUCGCCUCCGCCCAGCAGCUCUGACGCUCCCAGCAGCCCGCUGGCGUACGACCUCCCGCACUACUCGCCCAUCUCCUCGUAUGAGGAGGAGAGGGAUGUCGAAGAGGAGGAGGACGAAGAAGAAGAGGAGGAGGAGCUGGAGGAAGUGGAGGAAGAGUCAGAGGAAGAGGGUGAGGUGGGGAGGCAGAAAUCGGGUCCUCACGAAGAGGAUGGAGAGACGGUGAUGGAAUACCUGGAAGAGGAAGAGGAGGAAGAGGAAGAGGACGAAGAAGAGGAGUGACGCACAGUGGAUUAUUAUUACAAUUGAAGGCAACGAGGCCUCGCAGUCACUACAGCGGUAAUCUACUGUAUGUCCAGGAUGUUCCACUUCUGGGAUUGCUCCGGUCCUGCCGGAAAUUUUGCCGGAUGUCCCUCUUUUCAGAUGUCCGUCACCUUCCUCUUCCUUGUUGUUGGCGUUCUAACC